CAGGAAGUGUGGUGGCAGGAAGUUGGGCAAGGGUCCACAGAGCGCUCGUCCUCCUCGUCAAACCUUCUGGGUGAUCUUCACACGGUCAUGUCCAUCAUCGUGGACUUCGACUACGGUUAUUUCGACCUCCUCAAUGACUCCGCCCACAACAACCACACGGUGUUCGUGGUGGAUCCGGGCACGCUGCCGUGCGAGGUGCGGCCCCUGGACGCCCGCGCCGCCACCGCGCUGAGUGUGCUUCUGGUGGCCAUCUUCCUCCUGGCCAUCCCCGGGAACCUGCUGGUGGCGUGCGUGAUCGCGCAUAGUCGGCGCACGCUGACGCCGUCCGACGUGUACCUGUUCCACCUGACGCUGGCGGACGGGCUGAUGGCGCUGACCGUGCCUUUCUGGGCGGUGGCGCUGACUCACGGCUGGAUCUUUGGCGACGGCAUGUGCAAGGCGCUCAACCUGAUCUUCGAGACCAACUUCUACACCAGCAUCCUCUUCCUGGCGUGCAUCAGCGUGGACCGCUACCUGGCCAUCGUGCGCGCCAACCAGGCCCAGCAGAGGAAGUGCAGCCGGCUGGUGUGCGGCGCCGUGUGGGCCCUCGGGAGCGCCCUGGCUCUGCCCGCGCUCUUCAACGACGCCGUCAAAGCGGACCAGGACUCGGACAGGAUGUCGUGCGCCGAGAGCUUCGACAUCGGCAGCGCCCCCGUGUGGAGGAUCGCCACGCGCGGCUUCCGCCAUUUUUUCGGCUUCUUGUUCCCCCUGGUGGUCAUGGUGGUCUGCUACGGCGUCACCGUUGCCAGGUUGCUGCGCACGCGAGGCUUCCAGAAGCACCGCGCCAUGCGGGUCAUCGUGGCCGUGGUGGUGGGCUUCCUGCUGUGCUGGACCCCGUACCACCUGGCCCUGAUGGUGGACACCAUCUUGAGGGCGGAGCUGGUCCGCUUCGACUGCGGCGUGCGGCAGGCGGUCAGCAUGGCGCUGGUUCUGAGCAACAGCUUAGCUCUGCUGCACAGCGGCAUCAACCCGCUGCUCUACGCCUUCGUGGGCAAGAAGUUCCGGAAGAACAUGAAGAUCCUCCUGCACAGGAAGGUCGGACCGGAAGGAGCAUCCGGCUCCAAAUUCAGCAGGUCCACAUCUCAGACCUCCGAGGGCCACGGCGCUCUGGCCUGAAACGUGAGCUGGCGGACUGUGCCAAGAUCAGGGCCGCCCGACCUUUUCCACCGAGGGCCGCAGACAUUGCCCAGUUUUCACCUUCAGAACCGGGACAAUGCCUAGAUUUUCUUCAGAAAGGUCCUGCAAAAGUGGAACUAAAAUGCUAACAGUUAGCACGAUGGCAAGGUAGGAAAAAUAAAUAGAUAAAAGUUAGCAUGCUAACAGUACUGUGCUAACAUGCUAACAGGAGCAUGCUUACAGUUAAAAUCAGCGAAAUACCAAAAUAUAUGACCCUGCUAGCUACAAAAGCUAACAUGCUAAUGUUAGCAUGCUAAAGUACAAACUGUAGCACAUGUCAAGCACAAAAAAAGUAUUACUCUGCGAUAUAUACCAGAAAAAUGUGUUAAAAAUGCUAGCAUGGUAACGUUAGAAUACGUCAAGUAACAAAAUAUAACUUGUUAACUAAAAGCUGGCCUAUUAAAGUUAGCAUGCUAACAGUGCUAUGCUAACAUGCUAUCAAUAGCAUGCUUACAGUUAGCAUCAGCGAAAUACCAAAAUAUAAGACACUUAUGUGUAUACCUGCUAAAUUAGCUUCAAAAGCUAGCAUGCUAAUGUUAGCAUGCUUAAAUACAAACUGUCGCACACGUCAAGCACACAAACUUUAUUACUCUGUGAUGUGUAGCAGGAAUAUUUGGUAAACAUGCUAGCAUGGUAACGUUAGCAUACAUCAAGUAGCAAAAUAUAACUUGUUAAUUAUAUAAUUAAUAACCAUGGCAUAUAACAAUAGCUGGCCUAUUAAAGUUAGCAUGCUAACAGGUAGCAUUCAUCAAAUGAAAAUGAUGUCAAUAUUAGAAUGCUAACAAUUGCUAUAAAUGAGCUCGACUUGGCCUGGGUCAUGUGACCUCACUAUUCAUGUGGCAAACAAUAA